ACCUGACCCAACCUAAUCUGUGAAUACUCUUCUGACGUAUCGCGCGGCAUUGUUGGAUUUUCAGCGGCAACAAUAAUAACAACAUUGUUAUAAACUUUAUACACAUUUCCAAGAUCAUGGAUGGAGGAGAUAAUGAUAGUGACGGAGUAAAGGAUGCACGAUGUUUCGUUUGCGACGAUGAAAUUCAGGGCCGCUAUUACGCUUUGGCUACAUGCAAAACACAACAUUCACAAACCAAAAUAAUCCAAAAACUCGGCGAAUUAGUCGGCGAAAGAUACAUGUUUGUUAUAGCCGAAGACGAUGUGAUUUGUCGUUGUUGUGCCACUCUUAUUAAUACUUUCGACAGGCUGGAAAUGGAAAUGCGCAACAUUCGUGAUCGCGUUCUACAAUUUAUAAAGCUGAAAUAUGCUUUAACAGAUGGAGAUCUUCAGGAUAGUAACAACAGACCAAAGCCAUGCCAGCCACCACAAAUCACAAGAUCCAAUGUAAAAGAGACCAGUUAUUGCGCUGAACAGAGUGAGAUUGACUUAGAAACAUACUCAAAAAAUAAAAAGAUACAGAAAAAACCGUACUCAUGGUUACAAUGUGAUAAGUGUAAAUAUACCACUGAGUCCAAUUCCUUUAUGAUGUAUCACUUGAGAGAUCAUCUCAAACAGAAGUUUUGCAAUAAAUGUGGCAUGCGUAUAUCUGCAAAUAAGAAAGAUAAAAGACACAAUUGUACCAAAAUAAAUGAAUUAGAAAACAAGGAAAAUGAGAAAGAUAAUUCUAACAUUAUUGUCAAGAAUGAUUCGAUGGAGCCAUCAUUUUUAGAGACAGCAAUGCAAUCGAUUUUAUUGCCUGUGCAAAUGACACCACCUCCAUUAACAGGUUUAUCAAGUUGUGAUCAUUUAUACAUUUCCAAUGUCACACCAAAUGCUUCAACAUCCUCGAAUUUGGAGAUUAACGUUUUGGAGCAAGACAUGGAUAUUGUUGACACUAAUGACUUAAAUAAAAUGACGAGAUCAGAAUCAAAUAUUAUACAAGAAACAGAAAUACAAACUAGGAGGGAAGAUAAAAGACAAACAUUAACUUUGACGGAGGAUGGAAAUGUAGAAAUAGUAGAGAUGGAAUCAUGGAACAAUAUGUGAAUGCUUGGACAUUGAUCCGAAAAAAGUGAAUAGCAUGGAAAGCAUUUUGCAGUUUAUUGUAUUUUGUCGUUAACUGCAUUUGUUAAGAUAUAACUCUGUGUCAUUAUAAGGAUUAUCAUAUUUUUAAAUAUAUAACUAAGUAUUUUAUUGUUCUAUA